GCGCGACCAGUGGGGCCUGGGAGUCUCCCAUUGUCCUGGCUCACCACAGCACCCUCCUUUUCUCAUCUUUUGUAGGUCGCACAACUCUUUAUAUUCGCCCCCCAAAUGCUGCUGCUGCUGCCCAUUACUCACAAUCACGGCCACUUCAGCUCUCCCCUCCUGCUGCGACUCUCCCACCCGCCAUCCUCGCCCGUCCCUCUUCCUCCUCUCUCUGUAGCCUCCCCCUCUCGCCGCCCCCCUCCUCCCUUCUCCUGCUCCCUCCUCAUCGGCCUCCAAGAUAGAUUCCCUCAGGAGUAAGGUUGACCUGCUCAAGCUGCCCCUGGCCCUCUCCACCAAGUCCAUCUCCGAGCGCAAGAGCCAGCUGGGAGGAGUCGGCGAGCAGCGGGGCACGGGGGGAGGAGGAGGAGGCGGGGCCCGUAAAGCCCGCUCACCGCCGACCCGAGACAUGGACAACGAGUCGCAGUACUCGGGCUACUCGUACAAGUCGUCCCACUCCCGAAGCUCCCGCAAGCACAGGGAACGGAGGGACCGCCACCGCUCUAAGAGCCGAGACAGCAGCAGCCGUGCAGACAAAUCAGUCACCAUCCAGACUCCCGGAGAGCCUCUGCUCGAUGCAGAGUCGACCCGCGGAGAUGAAAGGGAUGACAACUGGGGCGAGACCACCACCGUCGUCACCGGCACCUCGGAGCACAGCAUCUCCAACGAGGACCUGACCCGCGUCACCAAAGAAUUGGAGGAGUCGACUCCUCUCGAGUGCAAGCGCUUCAUCGGGCCGGCGCUCGGAGGCUGCCUGAGCUUCUUCGCCCUGGUCACGCCUUUAGCCUUCCUCAUCCUCCCGCAGGUGCUGUGGCGCGACGCCUUGGAGCCCUGCGGCACGCCAUGCGAAGGCCUCUACGUCUCCUUGGCCUUCAAGCUGCUCGUGCUGCUCAUCUCCUCCUGGGCGCUGUUCCUCCGCCCCCCUCGCGCCACGCUCCCGCGCUUCUUCGUCUUCCGCUGCCUGCUGAUGGUGCUGGUGUUCCUGUUCGUGGCGUCGUACUGGUUGUUUUACGGCGUGCGGGUGCUGGAGCCCCGGGAGAGGGACUACAGGGGGAUUGUGGAGUACGCCGCCUCGCUGGUGGACGCCCUGCUCUUCAUUCAGUAUCUCGCUCUGGUGCUUCUGGAGGUCCGACACCUGCAGCCGGCCUUCUGCCUCAAAGUCGUCAGGAGCACGGACGGAGCCAGCAAGUUCUACAACGUGGGUCACCUCAGUAUCCAGCGGGCAGCUGUCUGGGUGUUGGACCGUUAUUACAACGACUUCUCCGUCUACAACCCUGCCCUCCUCAACCUGCCCAAGUCCAUCCUGUCCAAGAAGAUGACCGGCUUCAAAGUUUACUCCCUGGACGAAAACCCCACCAAUAACUCCACAGGCCAGUCGCGGGCCAUGAUAGCAGCGGCUGCCAGGAGGAGAGACAACUCCCACAACGAGUAUUACUACGAGGAGGCCGAGAUGGACCGCAGGGUUCGCAAACGCAAGGCCAGGUUGGUGGUGGCGGUGGAAGAGGCCUUCACACACAUCAAGCGUCUCCACGAAGAAGAAAUCGCGUCGUCCCCCAAACACCCGCGGGAGGUGAUGGAUCCUCGGGAGGCGGCUCAAGCCAUCUUCGCUCCGAUGGCGAGGGCCAUGCAGAAAUACCUGAGGACCACUCGGCAGCAGGCCUUCCACAGCAUGGAGAGCAUCCUCACACACCUGCAGUUCUGCAUCACACACAACAUGACGCCAAAGGCUUUCCUGGAGCGUUACCUCACCCCCGGUCCCACCAUGCAGUACCAGCAGCAGAACGGCAGAGGGCGCCAGUGGACUCUGGUGAGCGAGGAACCUGUGACUUCAGCCCUGCGACAGGGUCUGGUCUUCUCCCUGCGACGCCUGGACUUCUCCCUGGUCGUCACGGUGACGCCGCUCCCUUUCCUGCGGCUCGGGGAAGAGUUCAUCGACCCAAAGAGCCACAAGUUCGUCAUGAGGCUGCAGUCGGAGACCUCAGUGUGAAAGGCGUCUCCCAUGAGGUGUCUCCUUUUCUCUCCUCCCGUUGUCCUCUCUUUGUGCUCGCUCCCUGCUGGAUCACUGAUGUGGCGCGGGACAUGUGGAGGCCAUGUGAUCCACUCGUAUCCAAUCAUUUCCCCCCCCUUGACUGUGACAAAGAAACCCAUUCAAGGAGAGUCUGUCUGAACCCUCCUCCUGUUUUAUGAUCAUCACAGAUGCUCUGAUAUUAAACUGUGAUCAGCUCAAUGAUUGUCCCACAAACGGAUGCCUUGACUUUUUAUUUUCUGUGUUGUUGAGUCUUUGUCUUUAAAAAAAACAAAAAAGAUAAAAGAAAAAAAAGAUCCCUUUGUUUCUAAAGGGGACUUUUCGUCUUUUUGCCUCCUUUUAUGCUGUAACCACUGGACUAGUUUACUGCGCUGACUCAACACAAACACCAGAGGAGGGGGAUUACAUCACAUUUUUCACUUCCUCCCGUGUCUUAAACGGAGCUCAGCUCUGACUGCAACGCUGGUGUACCACUGCCUUCUGGUCCCCUGUCAGUGUAUUGUUUUAUUUGAGAUGGCGAGGACUGUUUUUAUAUUAGAGGGUGUGACUUUGUUUUUGUUUUGUUUGUUUUUUUACUUACAGAAUGUAGCAUUAUGUGCUUUGAAUUAACACAUUGCUUCUCUGCGCGGCCCGAAGGCCAAAAUGUAUUUUUUUUUAUCUGACUGUAAAGAAAAAUGGAAUCACAUUCCUGAACUGUUGCUACUCCAGACUCACACAUAUACACGAUUGUCUAAAUAUGCAGCUUUUGUUUUAUUCUACAGUACACUGGCAUUUUUAUUUUUACAAUUUAAUAUUGCAGUUUUAACUGGAAGACUCAAUUUACACCUGGUAUUCCCAUGUGAUCUGGAUCUAGAUAUCUUAUCUGUAUCAGGAUGUUGUAGAAUAAGUCUGGUGAUGUUUUAUUUUUUUUUUCUCAUUGUCAACAAAUCUCAUAAAAAGACCAAAACCAACAAUCUGUACGUCCGUCUCUCAAUACUUUUAAAGUUC